AUGUCUAGGGGUCAAUACAACGAGUUCAUGGACUUCUUUCUCGAUGCUUGGGAGAACGCCAGAAAACAGCACAAUACUUGUGAAAAAGGGGUCACUUCCGCAGUUACACUUGUAACGAAUUGGAUCGAAGCCCGAGCCUCGGAAGGAAUCGAGGCCUUAUUGAAAAAUAUGACGAAGGAAGCGCACGUCAGUUGUAGUCGGGCGCACUACGGACUACGCGCCCUUAAGGACUUCACGGGGAAGCAGGCACUGUAUCGCGGCCUCAUCAUGGAACUCAGGCAGCUCCUUAGAGACCACUACACUAUGCAAUAUCUCCACUUUCGCGCCAAUGACCUGCCAACACUCUACGCCAAGUUCGGCGUGGAAAGAAGCACACCGCGGAAGAUUGAGAACGCACAGCGUCGACAGGGUUGGUCUGGUGGCCAGUCAGUUUCCAACUGGUCCAGCCUGAUCCGUGAGAUUGACUGA